CACAAGAAUCCUGGGUUGGUUUUGUGUUUUUUGUUUCCCAGUUCGUUGGAAGGUGAAGUGGAAUCCUCUAUAGCACAGGCUGUUAAAUUCGUUCUGGACAGGAUUUCUGCGGAGGAGGCGAAAGGAUCCCGGCCGCUGCGGGGACCAUACCUGGCCAGACUGGAGCUGAUCCAGAGACUCAGACAGAGGGGCAGCCCAGAGGAGAAGGAGCUGGGAGAGCCCCAUGAGCUCAUGUUCCAGUACUUUGAGAAGUUUGGGGACAAACCCUGCUGCGUUUCUGAUCUCAAGAUAUUUUUGGACCUUUUGGCACCCGACCAGCAUGUACAGUUCAUUAACAGGGUGAUGGAGACGGUUCCCCUCACUGCACCUGCAGAGGGCGCCAUUGCCCUGCCUGCUGACACCAAAGCCCUGCAGAGGCACCUUUGUGUGGUUCAGCUGGCCCGGUCCCUGGGCCUUCACCACGCCAUGAACCGGGAGCACAAACUCAGCUUGAUUCACGAACUGAAGACGAGGUACCGACACGGGCUGGAAUUCGGAAAGUCCAGCUUGAAAACUGAACUGCAGUACUCGGAUGCAUAUUGUCUUCUUGCUGCCCACGUGUUAAUCGAUAUGUGGGCGGAGACUGGUGAGGAGUGGUCUCUGUGGCAAUGUCUCGGGCUGCUGGAAGAAGGUCUGAUUCAAAGCCCCUCCAACGCCCAGUUUAAGCUGCUGCUCAUUCUCAUCUUCUGCCGACUGGGGGCAUUUGAGCCUGUUGUGGAUCUUUACUCUAGCCUGGACGCCAAGCACGUACAGCACGAUACCAUCGGGUACCUGCUGACGCGCUACGCAGAGUCCUUGGGUCAGUUUGCUGCUGCUUCUCAGUCCUGUAAUUUUUCACUCAGGUUUUUCCACUCCAACCAAAAGGAUACCUCAGAAUAUAUCAUUCAAGCAUAUAAAUAUGGUGCAUUUGAAAAAAUCCCAGAAUUCAUUGCCUUCCGGAACAGGCUGAACAGCUCGCUGCAUUUCGCUCAAGUUCGCACGGAAAGGAUGCUGUUAGACCUUUUCCUCGAAGCAAAUUUAUUAUCCAGCUUGGAAGAGAAUAUUAAAUCCAUGGGUCUGUGUCCUGAAGAGGAUGAUAUUCCCUGGAAUGAUAUGAGGGACAAUCGGGAUUUGACUGUUCUUGCCAGCUGGGAUCCAAAGGACAGGCAGCUCUCUGAAGAGCACAGGCGCUGGUCCCUGGAGGAGGAGACGCUGUGGCUGCGGAUUCGCUCCCUGACCCUGCGCCUGAUUGCUGCCCUGGCGACUCUCAACCACACCGUCGAACCAAACAACUCUCAGAACGGAGUGGAGUGCAAACCCAAGACGCUGAGCUCACUGCUCAAACAACUGCACUUUGCUCUGGAGUCGGGGAAGAGCUUUUCAGAGAGGAACGUGCAGUACCCGUUCCUCGGCCCUCCCUCCACGCGCCUCGCCCCCGCCCUCGCCAGCGGGUGCUUUCAGUGUCAGACGAGCGCCUUCCAGUGUGUUAGUGACGUGUACGAUCUGGACUCAAACGGCUUGGACGACACAACCGAAGUCCAAGAAAGCAUAGGGAACAGUCUGAAAUCUUUAUUAGCACAGUUAAAAGACAUCUUUAAUAAAUGCAAAGGGGAUCUUUUGGAAGUUAAGGACAGCCAGUGUAAAACCAAACCCUCCAUUUUAGAAAAUCUAGUCUUCUUUGUUGAGACCAUCUCCAUCGUCCUGUGGGUGUCGAGUUACUGCGCUAAUGUUCUUCGGCCUCUGAAGUCCAAUAUACAAAAAAAGAAGAAGAAAAAAAAGGAUACCAAUACAGCAACGCCUCCUGUGUUUACCCGUUACCAGGAAUACGUUGCAUCGCUACAGACUUUACUCUCUGAGGUUCUUGAUCACAUUAAAGGGCUGGAAAUUACACUCACUGCACUGAAGCUUGAAAGCCUGUCUCUGGAGGACAGCGCACUGUCUGAGGCUGAGAGGAAGUUUACGAAGGCCGUCAGAGGGAAGGUUCAGAGCAGCUACCAGCAUUCCCUGCAGGAAGUUGGCGAGCUCCUCAAGAAGAGAUUGGACACCCUGAAAACCCUGAAAAUCUAAUUGGCUCCAGCAAGCUGACCUGAGCUAUCCUCAAUGCCAGUCUGUCCACCUGAGAAAUCCCGAACUUCCUCCUUGACCGCAUGAAGGACUUGUAAUCUUAAAAACGUUUUUAGAAUAAUUACUCCAAAUAAAUUAUUGUACAUAGUCCACAGGAAACAAAAAAAAAAAAAAAAAAAACUCCUGUACUGGGGCUCUUCAUUUUCUUUUUUUUUUUUUUUUUUUUUAAUAUAUAUUCAUGAGCAUAUACCACCACAUUGUAUACAACCCUAUCUCCAUGGACCUUCAAUAGCUCUGGGGGUGGGAAGUACAGUUAGAAGCUUUUGUAUAGUCCUGUAUGUAGGGUGAAUGGCAAAAGAGACGAGAAGAGCUUUCAUCCAUUGAAAGGUAUUUAAUUUAUUGACUCAGAAAAGAGUGAAUCAUUACUCUGGAGCUCAGAAUGUGUUUAAUUUGUAGGAACUUGCAGAAAACUUAAGCUUAAACGUACAAGUUUGCAUUGUUUAAAACAAAGAUAAGCACGAUGCGACCAAGCACGGUAGCACUGCAGGGCAUGGAGAUGAACAGUUCAAGCACCAAAAGGGUCUUCAAAUUGGAAGGAUCAAAAUACGCGAUCAGCUGUUGGCCUUUCAUAGGCUGUGAGUUUAUUCAAACUUUGAGAAACAGAUCCAAGUUCUGUGUGGUUUUUGUUUCUUUUCUGACUACAUUUCUCCUGUAACUGAAAAUAUGCACAGUGCAUUAACAGUGCCUGUCACAGAAUGCUAAAUAUCGAUGCCGGAACUGCGAGGAUUUUGAUAAAUAGGUGGCCAGUUUUUCAAACAAGGGGCCUAAACAAGGCAACUACUGAAAUCCAUGUGUGAGGCUCUGAUUAAUCAUAAUAAUCCCCUUCUCUUUGUCAUAUCAAGGUACUCUUUAAACACGGCAGACCUGAAAGAUGUCUUGGACAAAUAGCGACAGGCAAAAUAAUUAGGGGGAACAGACAGACAACCUUUAGUCCUCGACUGGUUAAAUUAAAAUUACAGUUCACACUUGAUUUAAAAAAAAAAAAGGUCAAUGACUAAAAUCAAACCGCUUCUUCAGAAGUCACACAGGUCACAAGGGCUUCUGGUUACCGUGAGGAUUGCAAACUAGACCCUUAAGUCAACCUGGAGAUGGCAGUGGGUCUGCUGCCUUGCGUGUGUCCUGCUGGGCUGUAAUGCAAGGAUGAGUGGUCUAGAACAGUGGGUUUCAACCCAAGUCCUAAGAACCCAGGACUAAUAAUUGGCUUAAUUUGAAUUGUUUUCAGCUCUUAAACAGUUGGAGAUGUUGGCUAUAAAAGGUUAUAAAUAACUUGAACAAUUAGCAUAAUUAAGCUAAUUAUUAAUUCAAUUAAGGGCUUAGUUUGAAUGAAAACCAGAAGACGGGUCCUCGAGGACCUGGGUUGAAAAUCGCUGGUCUAGACUAAGAAGUUUUACUGUUUUAAAGCAUCAGAUUAUGUUUUCAGAUUCUAUUUUAAAACUGAGUUUUACCUUUUCAUUUCAGCACAAGUGGCUUGCAAGAGGCCAAAGGCUUUAUUUAUUGUAUUGACGUGAUCCUCCAUGUUUUUAUAAUGUUAUGCCCUGCAGUACAAAAUGAAAGCUAGUUCUAGUAAUAAUCUGGUGUUUGUCUGAGAGUUGUUUGGGGGAGGGUUUAUGUUUAAACUGCUGCACUCGUCUGGUGAUGAUAAUAAAAAGCUCCAGAAGUA